AUGUCAAAUGGCUUCUUGCAUUCGCCAUCUGCCGACUACGCCGGAGCAGAUAGCGAUGCAUUUGCGAGAAGCGAACGAAGCCCCUCCGAACCUGUCGAGUCCCAUCCUGUCUCCGAGUCCUCCCCCGAACCCGAUGUCGCGGACGAUUCAUAUGAUGCCGAAUCUCAAGCUUCUGAUGCCGAAGAUGAAGACGUCGUGAUGGAAAACAGUGAUGAGGAAAUGGAUCGGUCGAGUCGUGAAAACUCUUCAUCACCCAAUGGCGAUCGAGGUAUGAAGCGCAAAUCAUCGCCGCCGGAUGAACGCGAGUACAUCAACCAAAAUGCCGAUCUCUUCGGACUGCGUCGAAGUGGUCGUGCUCGCACAACACGCCAUCUCGUGGACUCAUCCGACUCGGAAUCUGACGCUGUUGCGCCGCGCUUGAAGCGUCGGCGCAAGGAACCAUCUCAACAGCCUUCCAAAACCUCGCGGUCAGCUACUGUGUCAUCGUUCUCAGAGACAGAAAGUGAUGAUGAGUACGGUGGGAAAAAUGCUCGUGCGGACAAGGCGAGGCGUCGUCGUCUUCAGCAAGCUCCAGGCAUGGAACCAUCCCUCUCCGAGGUUCGCUUUUCUACCAGAAACGCGUCCAAAGUGUCAAAUUACAAUGAGGAUGAGGAUGAUGAGAUAUUUGAGGAGGAUGCCGAUGAGCUCGGCCCAGAUUACUGGGCUGCCAGCUACGCAGAAGAUACCCGACCAGCCGUCGAUGUCGUUCUUAAUCAUCGACUCAAGGACGACUCAGAUUCCAAUGGCGCGGACGUAGACCGCCAAGACUUCGAGUUCUACAUUAAGUGGCAAGACCAAUCUUACUACCAUUCCAGUUGGGUCCCCAAUGAAGAACUUGUGAACUAUCGGAGCACUCGUCGUGUGGAUAAUUACGUUCGCAAGGUCCUCAAUGAAGAUCUUCGCCUCCAGCAUGACCCAGAUGCCCCUCCGGAAGAUCGUGAAAAGUGGAACCUCGAUCGCGAAAGAGACGUUGAGGCCAUUGAGGAUUACAAGCAGGUUGAGCGUGUGAUUGGUGUUCGGGAAGACAAUGGCGUAACCGAAUAUCUUGUCAAGUGGAAACGUCUCUUCUAUGAUUCAUGUACUUGGGAACCAGAAGACCUGGUCAGUGAGAUCGCACAGCGUGAGAUUGACCGCUUCAUUGAUCGUUCUGCUCGUCACCCUGUCUCCGACAAGAUGGAAACAAAUCCGGCCACGCGCAAGUCAUUCGAACCUAUUCAUACCUCACCGAGCUUCUUAGAAAAUGGCGAGCUGAAAGACUUCCAAGUGAAGGGCUUGAACUUCCUUGCAUUCAAUUGGGUUCGAGAUCGUAACGUGGUGCUGGCUGAUGAGAUGGGUCUUGGUAAGACCGUGCAAACUGUGUCUUUCAUCAAUUGGAUGCGACAUGUUCGCAGGCAACAAGGUCCUUUCAUUGUGAUUGUCCCCUUGUCAACAAUGCCUGCAUGGGCUGAUACCUUUGAUUACUGGACACCGGACCUGAAUUACGUUGUUUACAAUGGCAGCGAAAAGGCUCGCAGCGUUCUGCGCGACUAUGAAUUGAUGGUUGAUGGGAAUCCCAAACGACCAAAAUUCCACGUGCUGUUAACGACCUAUGAGUACGCCAUGAAUGACUCCCCAUUCCUUGGACAAUUCAAAUGGCAGUUUAUGGCCGUUGACGAGGCCCAUCGUCUCAAGAAUCGUGACUCCCAGCUUUACAUGAAGCUGGUCGAGUGGAAAUGUCAAGCCCGUCUCCUUAUCACUGGUACACCAAUUCAAAACAAUCUUGCCGAACUGGCAUCUCUCAUGGACUUUCUGAACCCCGGUGUGAUCCAAGUUGAUGUUGACAUGGAUCUCAACUCUGAUGCCGCAUCACAGAAGCUGGCCGAGUUGACAGAUGCUAUUCAACCGUACAUGCUACGACGUACUAAGUCCAAGGUGGAGAGUGACCUUCCUCCAAAGACAGAGAAAAUCAUUCGAGUUGAGCUCUCCGACGUUCAGCUGGAGUACUACAAGAACAUUCUCACCAAGAAUUACGCUGCACUCAAUGAUGGUGCCAGGGGAGUCAAGCAGUCACUUUUGAAUAUCAUGAUGGAACUGAAGAAAGCCAGUAACCAUCCUUUCAUGUUUCCCAAUGCAGAGGCGAGAAUUCUUGAAGGAAGCACCAGACGUGAGGAUAUCCUGCGCGCUAUGAUUACCAGCAGUGGAAAGAUGAUGUUGCUGGAUCAACUUCUCGGCAAGCUGAAGAGAGACGGUCAUCGUGUUUUGAUUUUCUGUCAAAUGGUUGGCAUGCUCAACAUCCUCAGUGAAUACAUGGAGUAUCGUAACUACAAGUAUCAGCGUCUGGACGGAACCAUUCCUUCAGCUGCUCGUCGCUUGGCCAUUGAGCACUACAAUGCCCCCGAAAGUACCGAUUUUGCAUUCCUUCUCUCCACGCGUGCCGGUGGUCUUGGAAUUAACUUGAUGACUGCGGAUACAGUCGUCCUGUUUGACUCGGAUUGGAACCCACAGGCUGAUCUGCAGGCCAUGGCUCGUGCUCAUCGAAUUGGACAGACCCGCCCUGUCAGUGUCUAUCGCCUGGUUUCAAAAGACACAAUCGAAGAAGAAGUUAUCGAAAGAGCUCGAAACAAGCUGUUACUGGAGUUCAUCACAAUCCAACGUGGUGUCACUGAUAAGGAAGCCUCUGAGAUGCAGACUAAGAUGUCUCGGGUCCUCGGUGAACCCAAUUCAACAGAAGAUAUUUCUCGCAUUCUUAAGCGUCGUGGCCAGAAGAUGUUUGAGCAGACUGACAACCAGAAGAAGCUGGAGUCGCUUGAUAUUGAGUCUGUGCUUGCCAACGCCGAGCUUCACCAGACCGAAGAAACUGAGCAGAUUCAAGCGGACGGUGGUGAAGAAUUCUUGAAGGCCUUCGAUUUCGUUGACAUCAAAGUGGAUGAUCUUAGCUGGGAUGACAUUAUCCCCAAAGAGCAACUGAACGAGAUCAAGGCGGAGGAGAAGCGCAAAGCAGAUGAGAAGUAUCUUGCAGAUGUGAUCGAGCAGAAUCAGCCGCGAAAACGCCAAGCUGCCACUCAGUCCCGGGAUUCACGGGAGGAGCGCAAGGCAAAGCGACAAGCUCGAGCUCAAGUUGCUAUUGAAGAAGAUGACGACGAUGACAACAGCUCACUGGACCCGAAGCGCCCCUUGGGUGAAAAGGAAUACCGGGCUCUUUCUCGUGCGUUCCUUCGUUAUGGUGCCAUGGAGGAUUGCGAGGAACUCAUCCUCGAAGAUUCUCGGUUACAGAAUCGCGAUCGGGAUACAGUAAAGGCCGCUCUCGACGAGAUGACUCAGAAGGCCGAAUCUCUUGUCCAGGAGAACUUGGCUCAGUUGGAGGCUCUCAAGCAAUCUGGCAAGAAUCUCACGAAGAAAGAACAAAAGGCUGUUCUUUUUGAUCAUCACGGUGUCAAACGGUUGAAUGCCUGGACCAUUGUUGACCGACCACCUGAUAUGCGACUUGUUCGAGAUAUGACUACCUCUCUCGCAGACUUCAGGAAUUUCCGUCUUCCAGAGGCCACGAAACUAGCAGACUACAGUUGCCCCUGGGGUGCCCGAGAGGACGGUAUGCUCUUGGUUGGUAUCGCUCGACACGGAUUCGGUGCGUGGACUCAAAUCCGCGACGACACAGACUUGGGUCUCGGUGAUAAGUUCUUCUUAGAGGAGCAUCGUGUGGAAAGGAAGACCCAACGUUUGCAGGGCGAGGAAAAGUCUACCAAAUCUCCUGGCGCUGUUCAUCUUGUUCGCCGAGCGGAGUAUCUGCUCUCAGUUCUGAGGAACAAAUACAGCAGCGGCAACAACGCCAGCGCUAGACGGGCUGUGGACAACCAUCACCGAAACAACAAGCGUAAUUCUCGUUUUGGCAGUGGCAGUGUGUCAGCAUCUCCUGCUCCAUCAUCUCGGAAGGGUCAAAGAGAGGUUGAUCGUGCACGACAACGCUCCCACACUAAUACUGGUCGGGAUGGCAACGACCGUCACACCCCCAGUCACGACCGGCCCAAAUCCGGCCAUGAUGCUGGUCGUCCUCGACAUCGUACGUCUGACGCUGACGAGCUUCGUCGUCGGAAAUCUCAAGAGAAUGGUGGAUCGAGCAAAGAGAAGGAAGAUAUGGCCUUCAUGCUGUUUAAGCCUAUUGUAGGCAUCCUGGACAACGUGUCCAAGAUCACAGCCAAGAACUACCCAGAUAAGUCUAAACGGGCUCACGAGCUUCGAACCACCAUUAUGAAAAUUGGCGAGUUCAUUUGUGAAACUCUGGGCAGUGAUAAGGCUAUGGCCUCUCUGGAAAAACGCCUGUGGGACUAUGUUUCGGUCAACUACUGGCCUAACAGAGAGGUUACUGGCACCAAGCUUCAAACCAUGUUCCAAAAGGUCCAGGAAGCGAAGAAUGCCUCGAAGCCCUCUGCCGGCUCAUAG